UGCUGUUGGCGUACGCACUACUAUUACUCAAGCGACGAAGAGGAGGAGGAGGAGGCUGCCAAGGAUGCGAACGGAAAAGUGGCGUUGCAGGAACGUCGACACAAGAAGGUACCGCAUCUGCCGGCCAGGGCACAGUUGGUGUUGAAGCGUACUUGCAAAUUCAUGCCAAAGUCCAUCUGGGAUGUCAUCACCACAAUGCUUGACUGCUCCCUGCUGAAGUCAAAGAGUCUUUUAAUCCUCUGUCUGUCCAGCCUUAUUGCUGUGAUUGGAAUGUACGUACCUCUUUUCUUUGUAUGCGACAUCGCCGAAAGCUUUGACAUUCCAAAGAGUCAGUCAUCCCUGUUGCUGACCUGUUACGGUGCUACCAAUGCGUUCAGUCGUCUCUUCUUUGCCUGGGCGGCUGGUCAACCAAAGUUCAACUCCCUCUUGGCAACGACGUUCACCCUAGUCAUCUGUGGUCUUGCAGUCUGCAUCAUACCCUUCUGGGGCACAUUUUAUGGUCAACUGACGUUGCUGGGCGUAUUUGGCUUUUGUCUAGCACCCUUCUACUCGCUGACGUCAAUCGUCCUAUGCGAAAUUCUCGGCUUAGAAGCGCUGACGAAUGCCUAUGGACUGAUAACGCUGCUUCGUGGUGUCUCAAGCGCCGUAGGAUCGCCACUUGCAGGUACUCUUCCUUCCCUAAGAGAACAGUCUUCAUCCGACUCUACUUUGCGCCCGUCCAGCGCAUUUUGCCUCUUUAAAUUCAGCUAUGCAUUUUUUUCAUGA